AAGAAAAAAAUAGAGUGUGCUUUUGAGUGUUUUGAGAGGGAAUAGCAGAACUCUCUCUCCUUCAAACCAACUUCCUGAUUCGAGCAAGCCCUGACCAAGUGAUCGCGAACUAGCACUUCGUAAACAGCUAAAAAUCUAACGACCCAGCAGAAUGUAGCCAACCAUUGGUUGGUUACAAUGUGCUGAGACAUCAGUGGUUGCAGGAAUGAGUUCAUCAGAUAACUUGUCUUCACGCCACCGAAGGAAUCCUCACAGGACCUGUCGCACCAUUUGUGAAGUUUUUGCAGAUCUUAACAAACCUGUUUCAACCGACAAAGCUUCCAUCUUGCGUAGUAAAGAAACCACAGUGUCACAAGAUCUGAAUACUGCAGAAUCAUGCGGACAAAGAACGACCAAGAAGAAAAAGGAGAAACCUCAAGCAGCAGAUCAAAGUGCGCUUCCUGACUCGUCAGCUUGUUUACAAAACUCAACUCACGAACUAAUGGGUUUAAAUGGAGUGGCGUCUUCAAAGUCACGUAAACCUGAGUCGACGGUGCCUCAGAAAAUGACUACCCCCAAAUGCCCGUCAAAGACUUCGAAAAGAUCUCACAGGGGAAGGAAAAAGAAAUGCAUUCAACCCAGCGAGAAAGAAGUAGCUGCUAGCAAAGCUUGUGCAGAUGGACCGGACAAUUCUGUACAGAAUUCAUGCCCAGAACAACACUUAAGCUCUCCAAAAAGGAAAGGGACACGUUGUCGGCACUCUAAAAAAACUCAAAACCCUCAGACUCCUUCUGAUGUUUCUACAGGGCUUCACACAUGUACUACAUUAUCUCCUCAUUGUCUCAAGGAGAUAUCCUCCUGCCACACUAAUGGUGAUUGUAGCUCUAUACCACACACCCCAAAACGGGGCCGGGGUCGGCCCCGGACCCGCCCUCUCUUAAGCUCCACACCGAACUCACACCUCCAUCCCCUGUCUCCAAAAAGAGCUGAGAAUAGCUGCACGCCACAUAGUCGUCGGAAAGUCGAAGACUCCAGUCUAGUAAAGUCACCUCCUCCAGAUGCUACACCAUCAAGACGGGUCAGACCUCAGGGACUCGCGGCAGCAGGAAGGCCAAGAGGUCGCAAGAAAAAGAAUGUGCAGGAACAGCCAAGUGUUUCUCCACCAGUGAAACGCGGUAGGAAGAGAGCAAAGUCUCCUGUAAAAUCUCCUCAGGAAGAGCCAUCCUUUGAGAUGCAACCUCCAAGUGAACCCUGCAUUGAAACCCAGGAGCCAGAGCCACAGAAAUCAGGAGAUCAAACCAUGUCCUCUGACCUGUCCAUCGAGCUGAGCCUGCAGGAGGAGCCUCAUCCUCUUAACCACUCUGUCUUGAUGCAGGAGGAAGACCAGGACGAUGAUGAAGAGCUGCCCAGCUUUUUGAAGCAGGACAAUAAAAAGCCUUUGUCAAUCUCAGAGGGACUUUGCGUGUGGUGCAAACUGAGGAAGUAUCCCUACUGGCCAGCAGUGGUUAAAAGUGUGAAUCACAAGAGCAAAAAAGCCAGCAUUAUAUUUGUUGAUUGUUACCUAAUCGACCAAAAGAGAACUAGAAAAGGGUUUUCUGUACCCCUGCGAAACCUAAAACGUUUUGACUGUGAAGAGUAUGAAACAUUGGUGGAUAUAGCAAAAGAGAAGUAUGGCAGUGCCAUCACCUGGCCUCUGGAGCUGAUAUCAGACUAUAGGAUCCGCAUUGGAUGUGGAUCCUUCUCUGGCUCCUUCAUCGAAUAUUGUGCUGCUGAUAUCAGUUGGCCAGUGCGGAGGAGGUACUCUGAGGAGAAAUCUGUGCUGACCUUCCCGAGUCAGGAGAUUCUGGGUGAACAGUGCGGCAACUCUGGUAUUAACAUAGAGGACAUCGUUGUGGAAGAGCAGGAUGAGCUCCUCUCCAAGAAAGUGCUGCCCGACCGAUCCAAGGCUGCACGGAACCGUGCCAACAAGCAGUUGGUUGACUUUAUCAUCAGACGAAAAGUCGAAAACCGCUUACUGGCAGUCAUCAGCGGUCGCGAGUCGUCUAAAUGGAUGCAAGCCCUCCAGAAGCCUUCUCGCCCAGUGGUUGAUGUCUAUCUGGAAGAUGAGGAGCAGGUUGAUAAGGUGUACCGCUACCUGGACAAAGUCUGCGAUAACACCUGCCUACAAAACAUCCAGGUGGACCUCCAGCUUAUUCUUGAUGUGCUGCUGCCUGAGGCCAUUAUCCAUGCCAUUGCUGGAGUCCACAAGCUUUCCCUGGAGAAGGCAGAGGAGAAGUAUCGCAGAGGGCCGUGCUUUAGUAACAGAGAGCGACAGGAGUUUGACAUGAUGAUUGAACAGCAGAUGAAGCACACAGCAUUAUAAACACACAGUGACAUCCCCUCUGUUUUAUAGAAACAUUAACUUUUAUGAGCUCUAUUCAUACAAUUUAUGAAUAGGAAUAUUUUCUUUCAUUUUUUUGACAGUGCUUAAUCAUAGUAUGGAAAUUAGUUGAAUUGAUUGAAUGAUUGAAAUGAAUGUUUUUCAUGGCAAACAGCUGUUGCUUUGUCAAUUAAAAACUAAACCUGAUAUUAUUGUUUAUUGUCAGAUCUCUGAGACUGACAUCUUGACGCUAUAAUUAGCAAAAUACGGUGCUUUUAAUGUGUGCAGUGUGUGUAAUAAAUAUAUACCUUGUACAUAAAUAUGACAUUUUAAUAACAAUGUUGUUUUGUUGUAUUCCUCAGUUUAACUAAAACUGAUGUUGUGGCUCGUUUUGAAAAUGCUGUGUGUAAGGGACGUUUGGAGCUAUUUAUAUAAGUAAACAAUGUCAAGCUGCAUUUACAGUCAACACAAUUGAUGUCUCUAAAAUGUUGCCUUUUAGUCAUCUGACAUUGAAUUCACAAUAACUUUGCAGUGCAUAGAGGCUUUUUCUACAUGUUUGUGCAAAAAAGUUGCCAAAGAAGUUGCAUUUUAUUGCAAAUGAGUUCUGGUCUAAAGUAAUAAAGAUUUUAUACAGGAUUUGGUUGAUGUUUAUCAAUAAAUCUUUAUUUUUGAACACUCA